AGAAUCUGAUUGACGAUUCAGCAGCACGCGCAAAGAGAGGAUGUGCGAGCCAGUGACUUUAACGGUGUGUUAAGUUGUCAACUCGAGUUAUGAAUGCUUUGUGUGAAAACACUGCUCGCGAUCCUCCUCCGCCGCCGCUGCUGCUUCUGCUGUUGUGAUGAUGGAGAGGCGGUGCGUGUCAGAGCGGGGCGGCUAGAGGCCCAGCAAAGCCCCGCGCUGGAUUUACUACCCUGACCGAGCGACUGAACACCAACAGCGGAUUACCUCACAACAACUCAUCGUAUAAUUUAGUGGAUCUGACGAGAAGUUAUAAAGCAAACGGAUCAGAUGGAGGUCUGAGCUAUGAUGGACAUUUACUUUUACAAGUGCCCCUAACAUCACAAUAAGGAGAAACAGCGGUUGGAGAUUUUUCUUCCCCUAUUAAAGACUGUGAGGACUUCACAUCAUGCCUCCAAGACCCUCCUCGGGAGAACUAUGGGGCAUCCAUUUGAUGCCCCCCAGGAUUCUGGUGGACUGUCUACUGCCCAAUGGCAUGAUCCUGACACUAGAAUGCCUCCGGGAGGCCACUCUCAUCACAAUCAAACAUGAACUGUUUAAGGAGGCUAGGAAGUACCCCCUCCACCACCUGCUGCAGGAGGAGACCUCCUAUAUUUUCGUCAGUGUGACGCAAGAGGCAGAGCGUGAGGAGUUCUACGAUGAGACGAGAAGACUUUGCGACCUUCGGCUAUUCCAGCCCUUCCUAAAGGUCAUAGAACCUGUAGGGAACAGAGAGGAAAAAAUCCUCAACAGAGAAAUCGGUUUUGCCAUUGGCAUGCCGGUGUGCGAGUUUGAUUUAGUGAAGGAUCCUGAGGUGCAAGAUUUUAGGAGAAAUAUUCUUAAUGUCUGCAAAGACUCAGUAGAGCUGCGAGAUGCCAGUGGGCCACACAGUCGAGCGCUGUACGUUUACCCUCCGAACGUGGAGUCUUCACCAGAGCUUCCAAAGCAUAUAUAUGGCAAAUUAGACAAAGGUCAAAUCAUCGUGGUUAUCUGGGUGAUUGUUUCUCCCAACAACGACAAGCAGAAGUACACACUUAAGAUCAAUCACGACUGCGUACCUGAGCAGGUGAUCGCCGAAGCCAUCAGGAAGAAGACAAGGAGCAUGCUGCUGUCAGCCGAACAGCUAAAGAUGUGCGUGCAAGAAUAUCAGGGCAAAUACAUCCUGAAAGUCUGUGGCUGUGACGAGUAUCUGUUGGAAAAGUACCCCAUCAGUCAGUACAAGUAUGUACGGAGUUGCAUUAUGCUGGCUCGGUUGCCGAACCUCAUGCUUAUGUCCAAGGACAGCCUUUACUCUCAGCUGCCUAUGGAUAACUUCACCAUGCCCUCCUACGCCCGCCGGAUCUCCACCGCCACGCCUUACAUGAACGGAGAGGCCUCCACCAAAUCACUCUGGACCAUUAACAGUACUCUGAGGAUACGGGUCCUCUGCGCCACAUACGUUAAUGUGAAUAUUCGGGACAUUGACAAGAUUUAUGUGCGGACAGGGAUCUACCAUGGUGGAGAACAGUUGUGUGAUAACGUCAACACACAGCGCGUGCCGUGUUCAAACCCAAGGUGGAACGAGUGGCUGACCUAUGACAUGUACAUUCCCGACAUCCCCCGGGCGGCUCGCCUCUGUCUCUCCAUCUGCUCGGUGAAAGGAAGGAAGGGGGCAAAAGAGGAGCACUGUCCACUGGCUUGGGGAAAUGUCAACCUGUUUGACUAUACACACACACUGGUCUCAGGAAAGAUGGCACUGAACCUGUGGCCAGUACCACACGGCCUAGAAGACCUCCUCAACCCUAUUGGGGUCACGGGCUCCAACCCUAAUAAGGAAACCCCAUGUCUAGAGCUGGAGUUUGACCACUUCAGCUCACCAGUUAAGUACCCUGACAUGGCCACGAUUGAGGAUCACGCUAACUGGAUAAUAUCCAGGGAGAUGGGAUACAAUUACUGCCAGUCUGGACAGAGCAGCAGACUGGCCCGAGACCAUGCCAUGACGGAGGCAGAUAUAGAGCAACUUCGUCAGCUGAGCAACAGGGACCCACUUUCUGAGAUCACGGAGCAGGAAAAAGACUUCUUAUGGAGACACAGGCAGUAUUGUGUAAAUAUUCCAGAAAUCCUGCCAAAGAUUCUCCUGGCAGUGAAAUGGAAUUCCAGGGAUGAAGUUGCACAGAUGUAUUGUCUUCUUAAAGACUGGCCCGCAAUAAAGCCGGAACAAGCCAUGGAGUUGCUUGACUGUAACUAUCCUGAUCCAAUGAUCCGAGACUUUGCAGUCCGGUGCCUUGAGAAGUAUCUGACUGAUGACAAACUCUCGCAGUACCUCAUUCAGCUGGUCCAGGUUUUAAAGUAUGAGCAGUAUCUUGAUAAUCCACUGGUGCGAUUUCUGCUGAAAAAAGCUCUUACCAACCAGAGGAUUGGGCACUUCUUCUUUUGGCAUUUGAAGUCAGAAAUGCACAAUAAAACAGUAAGUCAACGGUUUGGUCUGCUGCUGGAGUCGUACUGUCGGGCAUGUGGCAUGUACCUGAAGCACCUGAGCAGACAGGUGGAAGCCAUGGAGAAGCUCAUCAACCUCACAGACAUUCUCAAACAGGAGAAGAAGGAUGAAACUCAGAAGGUGCAAAUGAAGUUCCUGGUAGAGCAGAUGAGGCGACCGGACUACAUGGAUGCACUCCAAAAUUUCACCUCUCCACUCAACCCUGCCCACCAGCUGGGUAACCUACGACUUGAAGACUGCAGAAUCAUGUCCUCUGCCAAGAGACCGCUCUGGCUGAACUGGGAAAAUCCUGACAUCAUGUCCGAACUUCUCUUCCAAAACAAUGAGAUCAUCUUCAAAAACGGGGAUGACCUGCGGCAAGACAUGUUGACCCUUCAGAUCAUCAGAAUAAUGGAGAACAUCUGGCAAAAUCAGGGGCUGGACUUGAGAAUGCUCCCCUAUGGCUGCUUGUCUAUUGGAGACUGCGUGGGUCUCAUCGAGGUAGUGAGAAGUUCCCACACCAUCAUGCAGAUUCAAUGUAAAGGAGGUCUAAAAGGGGCGCUGCAGUUUAACAGUACAACACUGCAUCAGUGGCUAAAGGACAAGAACAGGGGCGAGAUGUACGACAUGGCCAUCGACUUGUUUACACGAUCCUGCGCUGGCUAUUGUGUGGCCACUUUCAUUCUGGGCAUCGGUGACAGACACAACAGUAACAUCAUGGUGAAGGAUGAUGGGCAGCUGUUUCAUAUAGAUUUUGGUCACUUUUUGGACCACAAGAAGAAGAAGUUUGGUUAUAAGCGAGAGCGAGUGCCGUUCGUCUUAACUCAAGACUUCUUAAUUGUGAUCAGCAAAGGAGGAACCCAAGAGUGCACUAAAACCAGAGAGUUUGAGAGGUUCCAGGAGAUGUGCUACAAGGCUUACUUGGCUAUCAGACAGCAUGCCAACCUUUUCAUAAAUCUCUUCUCCAUGAUGCUGGGCUCAGGCAUGCCAGAGCUGCAGUCCUUUGAUGACAUCGCUUACAUCAGAAAGACCCUGGCGUUGGACAAAACUGAGCAGGAGGCCCUAGACUAUUUCAUGAAGCAAAUGAAUGACGCUCACCAUGGUGGAUGGACCACAAAGAUGGACUGGAUCUUUCACACCAUCCGACACCACGCCCAAAACUGAGCCCACACAGAUCCCAGCCCACUGGUGGAAUUUGGGGCCGGGUAACAGGCAGAAACAAGACCCUUUUUGUCGGACGCACUGCCUGAUUUAUGCCAUGGAGAAUCAUAGCACCCAAACCUCAUGUACAAAUGACCUUCAGAGCACUAAAACAACCUGGAAGGAUGUAAUUUUGUGUCCUCUUGUUUAUUUUUAUUUUCCCCAUGUGAGGCAUCUCUUGCCUAUCAUCGUCCGGAAUGGUUGUACGUUAUAGUUGUAGUUUUGUCCCGGUUUUUUUUUCUCUCACCACUUUGUGCUGCUCUUUUCCUGGAGAGUCAAUUCUUCUUCUUAUUAAUAUAUAUAUAUUUUUUUUUCAGUGGAAAACAAAUCAUUGAAGACAAAAAAAAAAGUUCUGCACUCUUCAGGAGCUUUUGUGGGGAUGUUCAUGUCUUCCUGUUUAAAACUACAAAUGCCUUCUAAUAUGCACGGAACCUCUGAGAACACUAGAAAAACAGGGUAUGAAGCUUUCUGGUCUGCUACCUGGCCUUUCCUCUCAAAACCAACACUAACCCUCCCGAAAGGCAGCCCGAGGCGUAGCAGUAUGAAUCUGAUGGUGCUGAUUUUCGAAAUUGCGCUCCUGUUCUUUGAGUUCUGUUGGUUUGUAAUAGAUGGAUGAUAAGGUUUCGUUCUCUUUUCUUCCUUAUAUGCACAGUGAGCUAAAAUGAUAGCCUGAAUACCUUAUUAUGCACUGGACGUGAAUAUUUUUAUUUCCUUUUUAUUGCGAACCCACGUUUUGGCCUCAGAGUAGCAAUACAUGGGUCUCGUACUCCUUAUACAAACGUUUCAGAGACAUCUGUAAUGACAUGGUUUGUGUUCUCAAUAUGCACUACACAAUAACAGCACAGGUUUCAUGACAGAAAUAACUAGAACUAUGAAUUAGGGUUACGUUAUUGGUAUUUUGAGGCCAGUACUGAUGGUGAUAAGUAAAUGAGUGCUGAUUUCUGUAAUUUUACUUUAAACACUAUUUACCCAGAAUAUUGAGUUUGAAGCAUUUAAGCAAUGUUCAUUUUUGACAAGGUUGGCAGUCAGUGGCCGAUAUAUAUCAGUUUAUCACUAAUCAGGACAUAGAGUUUCAUUUUUAUUCCUUACAGAUAAAUGAUGUUUUUUCCAGUUCCAGUGUGCAAAACAUCAUGGUAAUCCAGGUUAUCUGCUCUCUGUGUUUUCGUGGUUGUCCGGUGCGAUUGAGCUGGGUAGAUGAUAGAUUGUCCUACCAGAUGCCCUGGCAGCGUGCAGAUAUGAAGCCUUAAUGCCCUUGAAUAGUAUGAAUUGAUAUUCUUCUUCAUGUGCCCUUGCAUGCCACAGGAAAGCAAACACUUGCAUUGACGCAGAGCAGUUACGAAAGAACAAAAUAGCUUUUCUCUCCUUCAGUUGAGUAGCUGGAUCUCUGGCUACUUUAUUUCACUACGCUAAAGCUGUCAAGACCUUCUCUGUUCGCCUGACUCGUAGUUACGGUGUGAUGCAUUAAAGGGUUAGUCCGCCAAAAAAAUUAUUUAUUGUUAAGGUUGGUAACAAAACAGUUUCAGUUCAUAUUGAUUUUUUAUAGAAUGGGCAAAAAAUACGAUGAAAGUCAAGGGAAACUGAAACAGCAUUGUGCAAAAUAUCUUCUUUUGUUUGAAGAAAGUCAGUCACAUUUUGGGGUUGACUAUUUCUUUAAGAAAGAUGGUGCUAUGUAUUUAAACAUAGAUAGAUUCUAUAGACGAAAUGGAUGUUUUAGACGGUGAAAUGGCUUUUAGAUGCUUCAAAUAGAUGACAGUGGUAAAAUAUCAUUUACCGAUGACACUACAGUACAGUGCAUUAUAAUGACUACACAUACAUUUGCAUACACACAUGCGUGUAUAUAUAUGACACAUUCUGUUCCCCCUCAUUGUCUCUUUAUUUUUUCAUUAGUGCAGACAAUGUACAGUGAAUGUUUCGUGGUGCAGGAUGUCUUGAAUGUGGCGUUACAGGGCUGAGCAAACUAGAGAAAAAGAAAAUUAAGGUUGUUUUUUUUUAUUUGACAUUUUCAAAUGAACUUACUAAUGAAUACCCUUUUGAGUCAGGUUAAGUGCCUUGUUUAGGGCCGUAAUGGCAGUGUUACGCUCGAGCUGCUCGCUUCGCCCGUUGGAUUAGCAGCUUUCUGGAUCACUUUAACAGGUCCAAUCCAAACAAAUAAUCACACAUUUAAAGAGGAAGUUCACCCAAUAAAACAUUUACUCAACCUCAUGUCAUUCCAAACCUGUCUUUCUUUUUUCUGCAGAAAACUUAGAAGAUUUUUCGAAGAGCCCAAUCGACUUAUAUUGAAAAACAAACAUUUUUCUAAAUAGAUUACAUGUUUGGAGUGACAUGAGGUAGUUGUCUUUUUCUCAUUGGACACAGAUCCAGAUUUUCUCUUUCUAUCUCUCCUUGGCUCUUGUCGGUAAAUCCAAGCCCUUGUUGUGUUUUUGCAUUACUUUAAAGCUGUGAAAAUGUACAUUUACUAAUGAGGUGCAAUCGUGCUGUUUAAAUGGCUAUAUGGCUACUGGCAGGAAACUCCUGAGCACUAUUUUUCUCACCGUUUUAUGUACAUUGUGUUUUCCUCAAAAGGAAAGUUUGUGAUCAUACUUGCAAAACCACCUGAGAUAUUAGUGAUCAGAUGAAAAUCUGAUUGAUCUCCGUAGGAAAAACUGAAGGAAACAACACUUAUUUCCAUGUUACAGUCUGACGAGGUCUUUGCAGAGCUGAAAUUCGGUAACAUCUAACAAUGCAAUCAUUGUUUUUCUACUGUUUUUAAGUUUAAAAUGGUGUCCUAAUACUUCCUAUUGUAGUAUUCCACAUUUAUGCAUUUUUUUUUUUUUUGUAAACUUUGUAAUUCUUAUAUGCAGUAAACAAAUGAACAGAUAUAUACUUGUUGUCAGACUGAUGUAUGCAGGUGGUUCUUGCACUUUGUAUUCCUCUGUACUUUGUUCUUUCUUUCUUUGCCUUCGGACGCUUUAGUCUCCUGCAUGUGUUUUUAACCCUACGUGCUCAUUUACUGCCUAAAACUGAGAUCAGCUACGCUUGAGCUUAGUCAUGGCAAGCAGCCUUAUGUUAGCUCUCUUAAAGCCAUUUAAUGCAUGGUUCUGUUCACUACGUGUGCUUUUGUCUGUACAGGUUACAGAUCUACUUGGGCUGGACCCGCUAAAAAGCCCAUUCACUAAUGUCUAAUGUAAUCAGCAGCUUUCUAAUUUACUUUUUAAUCAUUUAAAUAACUUGGAAACAAACUAUUGAGAUGCAGGAAUUCUUGAACCUUUUGUAUGACAAAGGAAAAUGAGAAAAAAGGAGUUAAAUGACAAUAAGUUUCAUUUGUUGUACUUGAAAAUCAUCGGUCGGAACCAUCUUUGUGUGUCGACUACAAAGCCGUCAAUGUUACAUAGCACUGAAGGUUUACCUACAUAGGCAAUUUCAUACCGAUUGUGAAUGUUUCAGUGGUUUGUUCUGGAGUCUCUUCACAGUUAGAAACUCUAAUACACCAAUAAAAAGAGAGAUCCAUUACCAUUUAAAUUCAAAGUAUAAAUUUGUUUGCUAUUAUGUGAAGUCUAAAAGAUGGAGGAUAUAAAAAAAACCCUAUUUAAUGGAAGGUCAAAGCAAUUUUUUGUUGUUGUUUUUAAAAUGCUUUGAGUGGUUACAUUUCUCUCUGUGUAUCGCUGUUGCAUUUUACUCAUUUAUGUGUUAUGAUGUCAGAAAGAUAGUUUUCUUUACUAUCACUAUUAUACAAUUAUAUAUAGCAGGCCAAAUACAUUCUUUACCUCUUUACAACCUUGCAUGAGAUUUAAAAAAAAAUGGAAAAAAGAGAAGUUAAAAAAAGUUGCCCUAGUAUUUUUUUUUUUUUUUUUUUUUGUAAGAUCUAAAGGGUUUUUCGGCCUACGACUGCACCCAUCACAUCUAUAAACUGCCAUCAGUUACAAAGCCUCAUCUUCAUUUCUAUUCAGUUUCAUUGUGCACCUCAGUUCAAAAGUAGCUUUGUAUCCAGUCUGUCUUCAAUAUUUUGAGUGUUAUGUGACUAUGUACAAAUAAACGUAUUUCAAGAAAAUG